AUAUGUCAUAGUAUGGAGUGUCUGGAAGUCAUUUCAACAUUCCUUCACCAAACCUCCAGGUUCACUACACUUUGAUGAAGACUCCAGCACAGACCAGGUGUGUCGCAGCCUGCAGGACCUGUUCACCGCGGCAACGGUUGCCGGGGCGGAGGCCGUGCCCUGGCUGCUGGAGAGGGUGGUACGACAGAUGCAGGCCGUGUGCUCCAGGCUGAGCGCAGAGGUGCCGGCAGGGCUGUACCUCCCCGCACCACCGUUGUACCUGCCCCAGCCAGCAUCUACAUCAGAGGAGUAUGUGGACCCAGAUGUGCGCCAUGAGAAGGACCUGCGGAGGGAGAUGGCGCACCUGACACAGCUGGCGCUGGUGCUGCUGCAGGCUGCCGGCUGCCAGCUGCCGUGUGCCAGGUGGUACCUGCAGCAGCUGCUGCAGACCAGGCAGAUGUACAACAAGAGGAUCAAGAAACUUCCUUCCAACACUACAGUUGAAUUGCCAGAAGGCCUAGCAACACUUUUAGCCGCUGGUCAAGACUUCGGAACCUUGCACAGCACCUCUCAGCCCCAGGGCAGUCAGUCAGCACCAUCUCAGUCCCAGGACACUCUGCCCGAGCCUACCCUGAGGGUUGUCACAUCGUUCCGUCAGCUGUGUGGGCUGCUGUGGAUGUUGGAGGCCAGAGAGAGGCUCUCGCUGUGUGGUAGAAAGCUGCAGACACUCCGGGAAAAGGCAUUCAAACAGCCUGGUAACAGUGAUAGUGAGGAACUGGAGCUCUGUGAGACAGCUUUAGACUGGGCCCUCCACAUGCUGCCCUUUGCUGACUACUUGGAUGCUGAAGAUGACUUACAAGACAUCGUGCUGUCUUUGGUCGGAGAGCUGCCCAUGACAAGCACGACAGGAGACAUUCUUGCUGAGCAUUUCUACGAUCCUGAGCUGCUCUCCCCUACUGUUGAAGAAAAGUGGAAUCACCUUCAAACCAAGAUGAGGAAGACCAGAAUAUCAGUGGACCAAACCACCAAACAAGAAGGGGUGCUGUUGGAAGGAAGCAAAAAGCAAGGCAGCAAGAGUGAUGGGAAAACUGUCAUGCUGUCAGUCUACACCCAUAGAAAGAGCAGCAAACAGAAGAAAGAGAUAGAGAAGAAAGCGAGAGUUUUCGGCUCGUAUGAAACUCAAGUCUUCAGCAAGACUUCUUCCAACGAGAAAGCCUGUGUUGGCUCUUGGCCAUUUGAGACUGAAGACUCCUACCUUUUCUUCCUAGAAACGUUCUUCUCGGUUUCAUUCGAGAAGGCUAAACAGGAAGAAAAGGGGGAUAAGAUCCCCCUCUUAGCUCCGUACAAGUUGGAGGUGAGGGAGAGAGAAGUGAACUCCAUGGCUCACAAGGCAAUGCUGACAUUCCAACAUAAGAGUCUUGUGGUGAAGGCAGCCAUGUCAUUUCUUGGGGAGGCAGGUCACAAGGACAUUCCGUCAAAAUCGCUGGGAAAGAAGAGCUUGUCACAGUCAUUGUCUUCCGUGGUGGGAGGAAAAUCUGAAAGAAAACACUUGUUCAAGAGUAGAAGUGUCACCAAUGUUAACAAAAGCGAAACCAUCCAAAUGGAUGAUGUCAGUACAGAGGGGGAUGAUGGGGAAUUGUCUAGGAGAUCUCUCUCCCAGCGAAGAGCUGCUAGUUUGUCUGACCUUGGACAGCAGAGGUCACCUACAAGGUCAUGGGUCAGCAUGACUGACCUAAGGCCAAAGGGCGUCAACCUCGGUGGUAAGUUUGACGAACUCACCCCCCUGGUGGAAUGGCUACACAGGUGGUCAUGCAAGAAGAACAUGAUGAGCCCUAGCGUCAAGGAUGGCACCUUUCCAGGGGGAGGAGGUGCAGUGGAUAGCAAAGCCGUGAUCAGGGUGAGAGUUCCUCCCAGCUUGGUGCUGACAUCCUUCUGGUUGAUGGAGAACUUGUACUUCAAGAAGCAACUGUCAAGUUCAACACUGCGGGUCCCCCCUCAGGAGUAUGUUGUGUAUCCAGCAUUUGGAGGAAGUGACUCAGGCGAACAGCCUGCAACAUCACACAAGACUGGGAAUAGAGAGGAAACCCUAGGAAGGGAUGUAGAUCAGGACAGAAGACAGGAUGCUAAGGAGUCCUCUGAGGAAAACAAGGGCAGGAAAGGAAGAAAGCAACCUGCAGUUAAGAAGGAGGGAUCACACGAGACAAGCAGUGAAGGCAUGAGCACUGAAGAAGCAAGAAAACUUACCAGACGUCCCAGACCAAACAAGCAACAAGUCCAGCCACAUGCAGACAAGAGGGGAAAGAGCCCUGUCAGGGUGCAUGCCUCUAUCCCCAGACAUGUUUUGGAGUCACCCACAGAGGUAUCCUCUUCCUCUUGGACACCAGUCCUGUCAUCUGAUAGCCCGACUGAAGAGAAAGCUGUACCACCACCAGCAUCCAUGACAUCAGUGACCAGUAUGUCUCCUCCAAGGGUUGAACCAAAGAAGAAGCUUUCCUUUGCAAGUCUGCCAUCUACUAUCAGUCCUGAAGAAACCAUCAAGAGUGAAGAUAGCAGCACGUUCAACAUCAGCUCCCUGGCAGACGAUGAAUCACAAGCCACGGGACAGCCAAUCACAAUCCCCACUCCGGGGUCUCACCUAACCAGGGAGAGACCGGUCGCCUCAUCCACUCCGCAUUCAGCUUACGGAGGUCAAAGGUCAGACGAACAAGAACAAGCACCUGAGAAAAGUCCUCGAAGAGCAGCACAAGAUGAGACUGUCAUUCUCAAAAAAGGGCAAGCUGGGUCAAAGGGCAGAGGUCAUGUCCCAUCUGGAGCACCCAUACCCAGUGGAUCUUCAUCUCUACCUGGGUUCUCAGUACCUAAAAAGGGCAGCAAAGUUCCAGGCAGCCCUUCCUCCUCUGUUGAAGAUGCUGUAAACAAUGUGAAGGAGAUGAGACAACUGGUCAGGUCUGAACUCAGGAGUAUACUGGAGGUCCAGCACCAGAACAUUGUGAGCCUGUUGAACACCAGUGGAACUGUGAAUGUGGUGGUGGGCAAGUCUGAGCACAACCCUGGUCCUACACAGGUUAACACAGCAGACAGACACACUCAGGUGAGCCAAGAACUGCAGGUGGCGCAGCUGGAACAGAUUGCCGCUCAGGUGUCUCCCACUGCACCUGCAUCAUCAGCCCAGGUGCAGAAUGGUCCACAGAUUGCUGCACACCACCCAGGAAACCCCACAUCACAGCCGCAGAUGGAACCUUUCAUUCACAACACACAGGGGGUGUCGCACCCUGCCAUCCCUCUGCUUCGGUACCCAGGCUUUCCAGAUUACAGCCCAAACCCUGUUACAUCCGCAACUUUGCAUAACACACAUGAACCGAGGACUGACCCACACCAUCAGAAUCCAUCAACUUUUGGAAACCCGUAUCCUGAUGACAGCAUGACAAGAUCGGAUAAUCCUGGGCACAAUCCGGGCUACGCUGUUCCAGGGAGCAGCCUACACCCCCCAGGGAUGCCACUUUUGAGGCUCCCACCAAAGAUGCCGUUCCAACGGCCAGUAACUGUUCCAUUUGAAGCCUGGGGACAAAGCAGUAGGCCGAGUGAAACACACAACCACAACGUACAAGUUCCACAAGACAGCAGAAACACAGACUGGCCUAGUCACCUUAACCUUGAACAGUACGACGCUGAACUUGUUAACAGCGUGGGCACAAAGGGUGCUAAGAAAGACAGAGGUCCUUUGUUACUUCCAAAUAACGCUAAAUCUAAGAAAUCACACGACAAGCCAACGACCAACCCAGCGCCACAACAAGCAGCUGCUGAAGGAACGCGAUUUCCAGGUGCACCAGGUGCUUUCACACCUGCAAUGCCGUUACUGCACCUGGACAACAGCUACGCACCCUCUCAGAUGAUGAGAGGCAUGUACAGGAUGCCUCAACCUCAGAACAACUAUCCUCAUCACUUCCCAGCAUUCCCUCAACCGCCAGUCAUGUCUGCCCCUCCCCUCCCCCCUCCCGAUAUAGAGGACGUUGCACUCCGUCUGCCACUGCUCCAUCUUAGGGAUGAUCCGCAAGCACCUUCCUACCAGUACAGCUUUGCUCCUGGCAUGCCUAGACUUGUCCCACCGGAAGAAAUCAUAGCUUACGAACAGAAGAAGCACCAGACAGAGAUACUGCAGACACACAGGAGACAGAGGAAGAGGGAAGAAGGUGCAGCUGCAAGAGGACAGGAGAAUUUGCCACUUCUUCAGGCAGACAUCGAGCCAUGGGACCCAAAGGGUGACAGGGAAAACUUGAACAGGCAAAGAAGACGUAUGAAGAAAGACUCAGGAGUUAGCCAAGAUGGGGAGAAGAUUCAAAGAAGGGGAGGAGGUCGAGAGAAAGAAAUCAGAGCAUCAGUGACAGAAGACGAGGAUGAACCAACUCACGAUGAUGUUCCCCCACCAGGUGUGAGAGUGGUCCAACCCUCCCCAGGCCCCGACAGGACCACACAACACAAGGCUCCAGCUCAGGACAGACUGGACACAGACACAGACAUGCCCAGGGACCAGGGCUAUGUCAUACCUCCUGGUACCUUUGAUGAAUACCUCGAGUACCAGACAGUUGUACCUACCCCAGCACAGAUCCACUACGAUGCUGUCAUCAACAAAAAAGCCAAGCCUGUCAUGAAGACAGCAGACACACAGACAGACAAGCCCAGUAAAGAUGAAGAGGUGGAUACACAAACUGUACAAACUGAACCUGUGAGGGAAAGAGCCAAACCACAGGCCACAGCUGAGAAGGAGACAAACACUGUCAUUGUUGUAUCUAGAGAUGUGUACAGUGCAGAGCAGGUAGUGUCUCAGUAUGCUGCAUCAGGGAUGGACAUUAGCCAUGGCGGUCCAGGCCUGCCACCGGACAUAUUCUUCAACCUUCGUUUUGGGAGGGAGGCGGCACAAGCUGCAGACAGCAGUGCUGGUCCGACACCAUCUCAGAGACAAGAUCAGGAGGUCCAGACUCCUGCAUUCCUCAACGUGGUAGACAUUGACAACAGCCUGAUGAAGGACCUGAAGCCAACAAAGCAGCCCAGGCAGAGACAGAGAACACUUCCAGACACAGAGGAGACAGUGGAGGGACAGGAGAGGUCCCCGGCCUCUGGUCUCCCUGACGACGCCACGCCCGCUGACCUCCACUACAGACUGGCUGGACUGACCAACAGUGUCAAACCUGCAGAAGUGGAUGAUGAAGGUAACAUCAUAGAGCCGCCAAGUGGGGAUUCCUUGACCGUGGACCUGCUGUCUUCUAUCACUGGUGAAAGUCCUGUCAACCUGGCCAAGAUUAGGCGUGACACGGCGGGAGUCCGCGCCAAGUCCCGGGAACGUUUAGCAGACAAGCUGACGGAGAUGGGCCGACAACUGGACGCCAUCGACCAGAUGGCCAACAACAUGGAAGAUGACUUCAAAAACACUCGACUGCUCGUCAACACCAUUGACAAUCUGGGUGAGGCCAUCCAUCCAGAGGAGGAAGAGGCUGUUGCUAGGAGACCAAGUGGGCGUGGCCAACGGUAUGACAGCCGUCAUCACGACACCACACCUCCUGCGAUUGAUGAAGAGGAAGAGAGGAUUGAGCCUCCAAUAAAAGAAAAACCACUGCCCAGUCCCAUCCCUGAGGAAGAAGAAGAAAAAGAGGAUUUUGAUAAAAAUGAUGAAGAAGACAGGUCGGACCAAGUGCCCAUCACUGCACCUAAGCAGGCAGACAGGAACCUGGAGAGACUCCUCGACAUGACAGGCCUGAGUGGUGUGAGUGACAUCAUAGCAGAGGUGUUCGCUGAUGGAGGUCUGAAGGAAGAAGACUUGAGACUAUCACUGACAGGAGCUGACCUGACCAGGGAUAGUUUGCUACCUUCUGAACCGUUCGCCAGCUCUCAGCUGAGUGUGGACACCCUACAAGAUGUCUUCUCACCACGAGCACAGGACACUAGCAGGCAGGAGGAGGAAAAGAGGGCUAAGAAAAGAAAGGAAGUGCAGAAGUGGAUGUUAGAGAAGCGGACCGAGCGGAGGAGUGAGUACCUGAAACAGCUGGAGGAGUUACGCAGCACAGAACACCGGCCGUACAAACCUGCACAGGACUCACCAAAACAGGGUGCUACCUGGAAGCAGAUUCAUCAGGCAGAGAAGGAUAUGGAAGACAGGAGGAAGGCUCUGCUGAGAGAGAACAUGUCCGAACGUGUCAAGCAGGCGUAUGACUUGAUGGGUGACAUUGUGAUCGACACGCCAGAGUACCCCGCCUCCAGUCUCCCUCCUCCCUCUGUCAAGAAAAAGAAGCCUGCAAAACCCGGCAGUUCUGCUAGAGGGAGCUCUCCACAGCGCAAGGGGCUACCAAAGUCCUCCACGCCUAUCCCCAGGUCCCAGACAUGGAGGAUGCAGGAUACAGGUUUUGAUGUUGAUGAAUACGACAUUGAUGAUGCAUACAUAGAGGAACUCCUGCAGGACAGUGGAGAGGUGCAGGGAGACAUGUUGAAGACUUACAAAGUCAGGGAUGUGUCUAAGAUAGGUGAACAACCUGCAGCACAAGGUGGCCGCAGACCGAAACCCUUCACCCAGCUGGUGAGACAACAGCGACCGGAGGCAGCCAGGAAGCAGACCACAGGCAAACCCAAGACCUACGCAGAGAAACUAGGUGAUGCAAAUGGCAGCAAGAUUCCCAGGCCAACAUUCAACAAGCUCAAAGACCAACAGAGGCUCUAUGGCACCACACGACUGCCUGGCACGGCCAAGUCUAGGGAAAAGACCUCUCCCCGCUUGGUGAAGACCUACGCACAGCGGUUACAGGAACUUCGCCGCACACCUGGCUCUGCUUACUCUCGACCUAUACUCACAACUAAGGGUGAUGGGGCUGCUGGUGGUGGUGCAACCAGCAGAAAUCGUAUGCAGGAGGUGACCAGGCGAGGCCUGCACAGCGAACCCAAGCCUCGCAAGUACGCAUCAACGUACGCACAGCGGCUACAGAGCCAACAGCCAGGCACUGGGAGGAGGGGUGGCAGAGUGAGCCCCCGACAGCCGGUGGGGAAGAGAUUUGAAGGUCCCCGUCACAAACCCAAGACGUACUCACAACAGCUCCAAGAGAUUUCUGCUGCAGCUCCCAAGGGCAGACCCAGGCUGGCUUAUACUGGCACAUCAUCCAGAGGCUUCAAAUCCCCGUCCAUGCGGACUCAGACGCUCCGCCAUGCACCGUACCCGGACGUGUACGAGUCUGUACUGGAGGAUAUAUCCGAGGCCAGCACGGCCAGCUUGCUCCGCAGUACGUCAGACGAUGUCAGGAGAAUUCUGGAGGAGGAGGACAUCUUUGGGGAUGGAGGUGCAAGACCCAGGCAGAGAGACUACCCUGAUUACGAUGCUUCCAGUCUGUACGAUGUUGGAGAUGAUCUGCUGGGAGAUGACUACAUCAAUAGUGUGGACCCUGACCAACUGAGUCAGGCCUCGCAGAGCACAGGCAGCAUCCUCAGCAACAUCAACUGGGAUGAGGUGGAGCAGCUCAUUGCAACGGUGGAAUGAUGUUAAUCACGACUGUUAGAAAGUGGCACAA